UGCCGGAAAUAAGAAGUGUCCAGUCAGUUCAUGCAUUUUGAGUGGACAGAGCAGAAGGAGAAAAACGAAGCCGAGGCAGGACUGACUGAAGUCCAGAUGAUGAGUCUGUGCGCGAGGAGAGAGGAGGACAGAGCAGAGUCUGCAGUACCCAGCUGUCUGUCUAUAAAAAGUGACUUCUCUAAAGAUGAACCUCCAUUCUUCAGAAAUGAACCUGGACCCUCAGACACAAAAGAGAGGAAGAGGAGUCCUGUUUCUGUGGAGGAGCAGCCGUCCUGCUGUGCUUUGUGUCAGGACAUCCUGAAGGAUCCAGUCUCUACCAGCUGUGGACACUGGUUCUGCAGACAGUGCAUCACCUCAUACCGGGACCAGUCUGUUUCACCAGGAGUCUCCUCCUGUCCCCUUUGUGGAGAAAGAUCCAGAACCAGAGCUGGACUGCAGACAGCCGGUCAGAUCAACACUGUACAAAUGAGUGGUGGUCUGCAGGAAGUUUUAGAUGAACAUAAGAUCAGUCUGAGGACGAGAUGUGAACGUGUGACUGAAGGAAGUGAUGAAACAGGAAGUGGAACCCUCCUCAACAGGAUCUACACUGAGCUCUACAUCACAGAGGGACAGAGUGAAGAGGUUAAUACCCAACAUGAGGUGAGGCAGCUUGAGACAGCUUCCAAGAUGGAGACCCUCCAUGAAACUCCAGUCAAGUGCCACGACAUCUUUAAAGCCUUACCUGGCCAACAGAAACACAUCAGAGUGGUUCUGACCAACGGCGUCGCAGGAGUUGGAAAAACCUUCUCAGUGCAGAAGUUCACUCUGGACUGGGCAGAGGGCUUGGAAAACCAAGAUGUCAGUCUGCUGAUUCUGCUCUCAUUCAGGGAGCUGAACUUGAUCAAAGAUGAGCAGUACAGUCUUCUCACGCUGCUCCAUGUUUUCCAUCCAACAUUACAGAAGGUCCCAGCAGAGAAGCUCGCUGUCUGUAAACUGUUGUUCAUCUUUGACGGCCUGGAUGAAAGCAGACUUUCAUUGGAUUUCCAGAACAAUGAGGUUGUGUCUGAUGUCACACAGAAGUCAUCAGUCAACCUGCUGCUGACAAACCUCAUCAAGGGGAAUCUGCUUCCCUCGGCUCUCGUCUGGAUAACUUCCCGACCUGCAGCAGCCAAUCAGAUCCCUCCUUCAUCUGUUGACAGGGUAACAGAAGUACGAGGCUUCACUGACGCCCAGAAGGAGGAGUACUUCAGGAGGAGAGUCAGUGAUGAAGAGCUGUCCAGCAGAAUCAUCUCACACAUCAAGACAUCCAGGAGCCUCCACAUCAUGUGUCUAAUCCCAGUCUUCUGCUGGAUCACUGCUACAGUUCUGGAGCACAUGUUGACUACAGACCAGAGAGGAGAGCUGCCCAAGACCCUGACUGACCUGUACUCACACUUCCUGCUGGUUCAGACAAAGAGGAAGAAGCAGAAGUACGAUGAGGGACAUGAGACGAGUCCACAGGAGCUGAUGGAGGCUGACGGGAAGGUUCUUCUUAAGCUGGGGAAGUUGGCGUUUGAACAGCUGGAGAAAGGAAACAUCAUGUUCUACCAAGAAGACCUGGAGCAGUGUGGUCUUGAUGUCACACAUGCCUCAGUGUACUCAGGAGUUUGUACAGAGAUCUUCAAAAGAGAGAGUGUGAUCUUCCACAAAUCAGUCUACUGCUUUGUUCAUCUGAGCGUUCAGGAGUUUCUGGCUGCAGUCUACAUGUUCCACUGUUACACCAACAGGAAUACGGAGGUGCUGGAGGCUUUCCUGGGAAAAAAACAUUCUGAUUUAACACUGGAUGUCUUUCUUAUGGAAGCAGUAGAGAAAUCCUUUGAAAGUAAAAAUGGCCAUCUUGACCUGUUUGUUCGCUUCCUUCAUGGUCUCUCUCUGGAGUCCAACCAGAGACUCUUAGGAGCCCUGCUGGGUCAGAACGACAAUAGUCCAGAAAUUAUCAAUAGAGCCAUCAAUAACCUGAAGGAGAUGGACAGUGAUGAGAUAUCUCCUGACAGAAGCAUCAACAUCUUCCACUGUCUGAUGGAGAUAAACGACCACUCAGUACAUCAGGAGAUCCAAGAGUUCCUGAAGUCAGAGAACAGAUCAGAGAAGGAACUCCCUGUGAUCCACUGCUCAGCUCUGGCCUACAUACUGCAGAUGUCAGAGGAGGUUCUAGAUGAGUUGGACCUGAUAAAGUACAACACAUCAGAGGAGGGACGACUGAAACUGAUUCCAGCUGUGAGGAACUGCAGAAAGGCUCAACUUUCCUACUGUGGACUCUCAGAGACUCACUCUGAAGUCGUGGCCUCAGCUCUGAAGUCCAACCCCUCCUAUCUGAGAGAGCUGGACCUGAGUGGAAACAAGCUGCAGGAUUCAGAAGUGAAGCUGCUAUCUGCUGGACUGGAGAGUCCACACAGUAGACUGGAGACUCUAAGGGGCCUGGUUAUAGAGGGCUUUGUGGGUGAGGAGGAGGAUUUUGAACUUAAUACCUUGUGGAACUGGGAGCCACUGAAGAUUCUGGAAGACCUGGGUGAUGUGGUCCCAGGCAUGGGUGAGGAGGAGAUCAGCUGUGCUUCUCUGGCCUCAGCUCUGAAGUCCAACCCCUCCCAUCUGAGAGAGCUGCAGCUGAGUAACAACAAGCUACAGGAUUCAGGAGUGAAGCUGCUGUGUGGUUUUCUGGAGAGUCCACACUGUAGACUGGAGACUCUGAGAUUGUGGGACUGCAGUUUGUCAGAGAUCAGCUGUGCUUCUCUGGCCUCAGCUCUGAAGUCCAACCCCUCCCAUCUGAGAGAGCUGCAGCUGAGUGACAACAAGUUGCAGGAUUCAGGAGUGAAGCUGCUGUGUGGUUUUCUGGAGAGUCCACACUGUAGACUGGAGACUCUGAGAUUGAGUUCCUGCAGUUUGUCAGAGAUCAGCUGUGCUUCUCUGGCCUCAGCUCUGAAGUCCAACCCCUCCCAUCUGAGCGAGCUGAGACUGAGUGACAACAAGCUGCAGGAUUCAGGAGUAAAGCUGCUGUGUGAUUUUCUGGAGAGUCCACACUGUAGACUGGAGACUCUGAGAUUGAGUCUCUGCAGUUUGUCAGAGAUCAGCUGUGCUUCUCUGGCCUCAGCUCUGAAGUCAAACCCCUCCCAUCUGAGAGAGUUGAGGCUGAGUGACAACAAGCUGCAGGAUUCAGAUAUGAAGCCGCUGUGUGAUCUUGUGGAGAGUCCACACUGUAGACUGGAGACUCUGAGAUGGAAGUGAUCUCUAUCAGAGAGGGAGUGAUGAGAAAGGUGGUGGUGUUGAGAGAGGAUCAGCUGUGUCCUGAUGAUCCAGAGAGGUUGAAGCAGCAACAUCAGCUAAGAGCUCUAUUGAAAUAAAUUAUUGAUAUUUUUAUUCUGCAACCUCCCCUGUAAUUCAAAUCUGCAUGGCUAAUAAGACACUGUGUAGAUUUGACUAAUAGUGUAGUACAGAAAUCAUACAAGACUACAUCUAUUGUCAUGGGUGUGUACAAAUAACUGAAUCAGGUAUAAACAUUCAUAUUUAGUUAAAUGUUUAAACACCUUUUAAGAAAGUCUGAACAACCCAAAGUCUCAGUGUGUUUUCAGAUUGACUGUAUUUCAAAAUAAAACACAACUGAAUAAAACUUCA